AUGAAGCAGCCCGACGACUCUGGCCCAACUGCAACUACAAAUGCAACUGGACCACAAUCGGCUCGACCUCGGGCUUCCCUCUCUGCCUCCCAUAAUCCGCGACGGCUUCCUGUCAAUCCCCGCCGGCACAAGGUUGCUCCCGAGCAUCGCAAGCGUGUCGCUACAGCGUGCAACGCUUGCAAUGUGAGAAGAGUCAGAUGCUCUGGUGAGCACCCGUGUCGCCAAUGUCAAUCCUCUUCACGCGACUGCAUAUAUCCUCUGCCUGUUGAGAAGGUGAGCAUCACGCGCUCAGAGCUCGAGGAUUUGAAACACAAGGUCGAUCUCUAUGAACGGGUUCUUCGAGACACUGUCCCAGCAGCUGUAUCAAACGCCGUCCCGGACUCUGCAAGCCGCCAAGAACUUUCGGAUUUGCUUGGUUGGACCGCCUCUAACCAUGACAUUGGAUCAUCAGCCGUUAGCCUAGCGGCACAGACAACGCCAACGAUAGAUGCAAUAGCGCAUAUCGGGCGAGUGCCGCCUGAGCUUCCCCAGCUCCAGUAUCCCAGUAUACAUCGACAAUUCCAACAACAACCGCCUCAUCUUCAUCUUCAGGCUCAGCUAUCAGAUACUCGAAUACAGGAACCCAGCUAUGGACUGUCUCGAACACAUUCUAUCCAGCUAUCACAUCCCGGGGCAACGCCCCAAAAUCGGCAGGACGACGAAGAGAACUUGGUCUCAACUGAGGGUCGCCUGUUGCAUGACCCUGACGGCUAUGCUCGUUUCCUGGGUGAGACGAGUGGCGCAACUUUCCUCGACUACUUGAAGGAAUUCAUGACUACAGUUCUGCCUCUUGCAUAUCAAAAUCUGCGUCCAGGUUCUGACGGAAGCGCAUUUUUGUCAAGUCUUGGUCGUUACCAGACCUACGACUCGCGACCUUUGCAUGAUCGAGAUGUUGACCCGACAUGGUUUCCUGCACCCCCAGAGAUGGACUCAAUGUUAUCCGAGCUUCGUUAUUUUAUCCAAGAUGGUAACUGUCAAUGGCCAAGUGGAGGAAUCUACUGGUGGGGGGAUCUCUCUUCAACGCCAACAAUCCCCUCCGUGGAACGAGACUCGGCAACCUUGCGUCUCGCCAAGUGCCGUCAUUUGGCUUUCUACCAGACUGCAUUUGCUGUGGUAUCUCAAGCUAUGAUCAUGCCGCCUCAGGAUAUCUCUAUAGACCCUCAUCUCAGCGAGAACUACUUCAGCCGGGCCCGUAUGCUCCUAGGGAACCCGCUUGACAUUACACGCUUUACGCCCAACGAAGUAUCGGUGCUGACAUUGAUGGGGUUCUACCUGAUAGAGAUGAACCGCCGUGAUGCCGCAUAUAUCUGCGUGAGCAACGCUAUGCAUAUCAGCAUCAUGCACGGCGCACAUAGGGGCUGGCUUGACGAGAGUGGCAAACGCGUGUUCUGGACGCUGUAUGUACUGGAUCGCUACUUAAGCUGUCUCAUGGGGAGACCCCCGACCAUCAUGGACGACGCAAUUCGGUUACCCCUUCCUUGCGAUGCUCCGGCUAUGCCUCCAGCAGAUGGUCUCAAAGCUCAUGUCGAGCUUUCUCGGAUAUCAUGCCAUAUUGUGUGUAAUACAUAUCGCAUUUCCCCGUCAGAAGACGCCGCAAGACCUGUGAGGAGCCUCGAAGGGGAGAUCAGUAUGCUCGAUGAGUGGUGUCUGAAACUUCCACCUACGGUGCAACUCGCAACAUCAGCAGAACACAAUAUUCAGCUCGCUCGACAGAUCCUACUUGUCAAUCAUCCUCGAAAGCUGCUCCAAGCCGGUCUUCACUUCAUUUUCAACGCUGCCAUAGUACUGAUGUUACAGCAGCUGGUAGAGGAUCUGUGCCCGUCUUCUCGGAGUGAAAAGGCUCGUUCACUUGACCUCGACUUUGUGAUUGGGAGGUUCGAGGAUGAGAGUCGAGUUGGUAGCAACUACGGUCGGGACUGUGCCACGGUACUUCGGGAUCUUCGCGUUCUUGUGCAGCGUCUCCCUAUCCCUGUUGACAUGAGCACUGCGACACGUUCCGUCAACAUGACACAGACUACGACAACCUACGAUCCUAUCGCAAAUCGAACACAUGUUGACAUGGGACAGCAAUGGUCAGACAAGCUGGCAUCAGAGGCACUUCAGCAACCUAUCCUUGUUGAUCAAGGGCACAUACUAUAUAAUGAGUUGGUUUCGUGGAUUGAUGUCGAUUGGCAAUCCAACAAUGGGUAUCUCAUUUGA